AUGACCAAUACCGUCGUUGUGAUCGGUGCCGGGGUGAUUGGUUUGACGUCAGCUUUGCUGCUGGCCAAAGAAGGCAAGGAUGUUACCGUGGUAGCUAAACACAUGCCCGGUGACUAUGAUGCCGAAUAUGCCUCGCCUUGGGCGGGCGCCAACGUGAUUCCGUUGGCACCUAAGGAGGGAAGCCGCUGGGAACGAAGAACUUGGGUCGCUCUCAAGAAGUUGACUGAAGAAACCCCUGAAGCAGGGAUUCAUUUCCAGACGACUCAUGUCAUCCGCCGAAACAAGGACAUGGAGGCCGACACGUCUGGCUUCUCAUCUCACUUCUACCAGGAUAACCCAUGGUUCAAAGAGAUCUUCAACAAUUUCCGCGAAAAUCUCCCGUCAGAAGUGGCUCCUGGGUACGACUCGGGAUUCCAGUAUCAGGGUAUCUGUAUGAACACAGCAAUCUUUCUCCCGUGGAUUCUCGGCCAGUGCCUCAAGCACGGCGUUGUGGUAAAACGUGGCAUCAUCUCUCACAUCAAAGAAGCCAAGCACCUGAGUCACACCGGCCGAACAGCCAAUAUCAUUGUUAAUGCCACUGGUCUCGGCUCUCUGAAGCUUGGUGGCGUUGAGGAUACAACAGUGGCUCCCUCUCGCGGCCAGAUCGUGGUUGUGCGAAACGAGACCCCCAAGAAUUUCCCUCUCUUCAUGUGCUCGAGCACCCUCGAUGGGAGCGGUGAGGAGAUUUACGCCAUGCAGAGAGCAGCGGGAGGUGGUACAGUCAUUGGAGGCACAUAUCAGAUCGGCAACUGGGACUCUCAGCCCGAUCCCAACACCGCGAACCGGAUCAUGGAACGAAUUGUGACUCUCUGCCCGGAGAUUGCUGACGGCAAGGGUGUUUCGGGGUUGAGUGUCGUGCGGCAUGGUGUUGGUUUCCGUCCAUGGAGGAAGGAUGGUCUGAGGCUCGAGGAGGAGAAGCUGGAUGACGAGACGUGGAUUAUCCACAACUACGGACACUCCGGUUGGGGCUACAUGGGGUCAUUUGGCUGUGCCGAAGGAGUUGUUGAGUUGGUUGAAAAGGUGACCAAGACUCGAGCAAAGUUGUAA